AUGGCAGACAGAGGUGGGAAGAUUGUUCCAGGACAAGUGUAUAUUGAAGUGGAGUAUGAUUAUGAAUAUGAAACAAAGGACAGAAAGGUCGUGAUCAAACAAGGGGAACGGUAUAUCUUGGUGAAAAAGACCAAUGAUGACUGGUGGCAAGUCAAACUGGAUGAGAACUCCAAAGCAUUUUACGUGCCAGCCCAGUAUGUUAAGGAAGUCACCCGCAAAGCUCUAAUGCCGCCUCUUAAGCAGGCAGUUGGACUGCCAAAUAGUUCUAUGAAAACGAUCCAGAGUCUGCAUCUUCAGAGAUCAACAGAAAAUGUGAACAAAUUGCCUGAACUUUCAAGUUUUGGAAAGCCCUCAUCGUCUGUUCAAGGAACAGGUGUUAUUCGUGAUGCCAAUCAGAAUUUUGGACCCAAUUAUCAUCCAGGUCAAACUCUGAACCUAAGCCUGGACCUGACCCAUAACAACGGAAAGUUUAAUAGUGACUCACAUUCUCCUAAAGUUUCCAGCCAGAAUAGGACACGCUUAUUUGGUCACUUUCCUGGUCAGGAGUUCUUGGACAUAGAGAAAACUAGCUUCUCACAGGAGCAGUCUUGUGAUUCAGCAGGAGAAAGCUUAGAGAGGAUACAUCAGGACUCUGAAUCUGGAGAUGAGCUCAGCAGCAGCUCCACCGAACAGAUAAGGGCAACUACACCGCCAAAUCAAGGAAGACCAGAUUCUCCUGUGUACGCCAACCUACAGGAACUGAAAAUAUCUCAGUCUGCUCUCCCCCCUCUUCCCGGGAGUCCAGCAAUUCAGAUUAAUGGAGAAUGGGAAACUCAUAAAGAUAGUUCAGGGCGUUGCUUCUACUAUAACCGCGGAACACAGGAAAGGACUUGGAAACCACCCCGAUGGGCGCGGGACGCAAGCAUAAGCAAAGAUUUCCACGGUCAAGGAGAUCAAGAGUACAAUGCUUCGUCCCAGCAGCAAAGAGAAAUAAUUAAAAGUAGGAGCCUGGAUAGGCGGCUUCAGGAACCAAUAGUAUUAACAAAGUGGAGGCAUAGUACCAUCGUAUUGGACACCAAUGACAAGGAAUCUCCAACUGCCUCAAAACCCUGCUUUCCUGAAAAUGAAUCUUCUCCCUCUUCACCAAAGCACCAAGACCCAGGCAGCAGUGCAAAGGGUCAAGAGAAAUAUGGAUUGUUAAAUGUAACAAAAAUUACUGAAAAUGGGAAAAAGGUUCGAAAGAACUGGUUGUCUUCGUGGGCAGUGUUACAGGGUUCGUCUUUACUUUUUACCAAAACCCAAGGAAGUAGCACAAGUUGGUUUGGGAGUAAUCAGUCCAAACCGGAGUUCACAGUGGACCUCAAGGGGGCAACAAUUGAGAUGGCCUCAAAGGAUAAAUCCAGCAAGAAGAAUGUAUUUGAGCUGAAAACUCGUCAAGGAACAGAACUACUAAUUCAGUCUGAUAAUGAUGCUGUUAUUAAUGAUUGGUUUAAAGUUCUUAGCUGUACUAUCAGUAACCAGGCAGUAGAAACUGAUGAAGCAAUAGAAGAAGAGAUACCAGAUUCACCAGGAAUAGAAAAGCAGGAUAAAGAAAAGGACCAGAAGGAUCUUAAAAAACUUCGUUCUAUGAAAGUAUCUAGCAUAGAUUCUUCAGAACAGAAGAAAACCAAGAAAAACUUAAAGAAGUUUCUGACACGACGCCCCACUUUGCAAGCUGUCCGUGAAAAAGGUUAUAUUAAAGAUCAAGUAUUUGGAGCCAAUCUUGCUAAUUUGUGUCAGAGAGAGAAUGGCACAGUGCCAAAAUUUGUGAAGUUAUGCAUUGAUCAUGUUGAAGAACAUGGUUUGGAUGUUGAUGGGAUCUACAGAGUGAGCGGCAACCUUGCAGUGAUUCAGAAGCUGAGAUUUGCGGUCAAUCAUGAUGAAAAACUGGACUUGAAGGACAGCAAAUGGGAAGACAUUCAUGUCAUUACUGGAGCACUCAAAAUGUUUUUUCGAGAGUUACCGGAGCCUCUAUUUACAUUUAACCAUUUUAAUGAUUUUGUUAAUGCAAUUAAGCAAGAACCAAGACAGCGUGUUGCUGCUGUUAAGGAGCUAAUCAGACAGUUGCCAAAACCAAAUCAAGAUACAAUGCAGAUUCUCUUUAGACACCUGAAAAGAGUUAUAGAAAAUGGAGAAAAAAACCGAAUGACCUAUCAGAGUAUAGCAAUUGUUUUUGGUCCUACUCUGUUAAAGCCAGAAAAAGAGACUGGUAAUAUAGCAGUUCAUACUGUUUACCAAAAUCAGAUUGUAGAAUUAAUUCUUCUGGAAUUGAAUUCCAUCUUUGGACGAUGAUUCUUACGGAAGAUAACCUAUGGGACAGAAGCUGGAUUCCACCAUGUUUCAGAUCUUUAUAUGCAGUGUGUUUUAUUUUUGGACCAAGCAGUGGCUCUUUUGAUUUUGCACUUUUUGAAGGGUCAGAAAGGAAGGGGAGUGUGAAAAUGCCUGGUAGGCCCUCAUGUUGCUGCUUUCUUGCAAGGUGAUAAAACUGUAAUUUUGGAUCCAUUUAUCCUGAAUGUUUGUAUUACAUACUCUGAAUUUCAGUACAAAUCAAAACUUAGAAUUCUAACCAGUCAUAUACACUGGAUAAUUUAAUAAGAAAAACUACCCCUCCCCCCCAAACUGGAUAAUGUAGAAUUUCUUCUCAUGAUCUGUAAGUUCUUUACUUGGUGGAACAAUACCUACUAUCAGUUAUUUUGAAAACACUCUGGGCAUUUAAAACAAAAUGAAGUAUAUCCUUUUUGAACCUGUGUAUCUCUUCUUCAGGGUUUUGCAUGCAGUGCAGCCUAAAGUGCUAGAGUCCACGGUAGCCUGGCUGCAGCCUUUGGUGAGGCCUGCUGUUCACUGUGGAGCACAGUGUCCUCAUUGCACACUGUAGUUGCUUGUUUGGGCAGCACACUAACCCUACCUAAAACACUGUGAUGUACUGGACUUCUAGUUUGCAUAACUCAGUUCAGAGUAUUUUUGAGCUGUCUUGCUAUGCUGAAUUUAUAGCUAACAAUUCUAAUUAUAUCUAGUGCCAUAUCGAGUUCUUGGUGUGACCCUGUGGAAACAGACGUUUUUUGAUGUAAAUAUGGCUAAGGACUUAAUGUCCUUUAGCUUGUGUACAUAAUCAUGUUGUAUAGUCUCAGAGUACAUUCUAACCCUAUGUUUCUAAUCAUGUUAAUGGUAAUCUUUCUGUGGAUAUUAGGUUUUCUCCAGAAGUAGGCCAUUCCUUAAGAAAGCUAACUGUGCGCACUUUUAGAUUUUAAUUACAUUUACAGGCAGAUUACUGUAAUGCAAAUGGUACUGGAAAAAUACUGAAUAAACUUGCUAAAUGGUAAAUGCACUACAAGAGGAACCUUUUAGAGUAUUCAAUAUGUACAGAAUACAUUAGAAAAAAUUAUUAGAGAAUUCUAACUCUCCAGUCUGAAUAGUAGAAACCAUAUAAAAUUAGAUGGAUGUUGGAUGGAAAAUGACAUUGCUAAAUUUGAGGUUUUUUUUACAUUACUAAUGUAUAUUGAUUUGUAUAAUAAAACAGGGUUUGGAAGGUUUUGUUACAGGGAGCAUGGUCUGUUGAAAAUUUUUUUAAGUGUAUUUUUCUAGAUUAACUGCUGUAUACGAAAUGUCUAAUCUAAUAAAGAAAAAUAUAAGAGGUUUAGAGAUUUUUCCAUUGGAAAUGUGCAUUUUGGUUUUAAUUUUUUUUUUGAUUUUCAUUUCCUCUCAUAUACUUAUACCUCAUCUGAAAAACAAUCAGCUGAACCCAGUAUUUCCUGUUGCGUAGAGUGCUUUCCUCAUGUUACAUCCUUUCCAUUCCUUUCCAUGCUAGCACCUCUCGGUAUCCAACGCACAUUUUAUUUCUUCAUUUGUACUUGAAAGUGAGUGAUUUGACCAAUAUUCUUUUUUGCUUAAAUUACAUUUAUAAUUUACAGAUUGUCUUCUUUGGGAACUUUUUUUUUUCAGGACUUGGGGUAGGGGAGGAAUAACCUGUCUAAAAACUUCUCCCCUUAGUCAUGUGGUGAAAAAACAUUGUAUUUGCUGUUGUGAUCUUGUUAAAUGGAUAACAAACCAAACUACUUGACAGCCAAAGCAGAUUGUUUUAGGUGGACAGAGAAUGUCCCAAAUCAGAAUGUUUGUAUUUGCUGAAAGAUAUCAUUAUUAACACAGUGUGCUUUAGGGCGGUGUAUAUCCUGAUUUUUAUACCAGGUAAACGGUGAGACCUGUGAUCUGUGAUGUUCUCUUAGAGGUCAUGAACAUAUCAAAGAUUAAAAAAAAAACUUCCUGUGCUGCUUGUUUCAAAGUGCAGACGUGUGUAUGUGAAGUCUUAAAUGUUUUAUUAGUGUGUGGCUAAUCAUCUUACUAUAAUAUUUGUACGUGAGAUCAGUGUUUUGUGUUUUCUUUCUUUGUGAAUUAAAAAUUCUCACUUGUUUUUGUAA